AGAUGGUGACUGGAGCAAGUAAUCUUGAAAACGCUCACAGAUAGCCCACUUUAGCGCCAGAAACUCCAACUUGCCUGCAUGCAUAUGAUAAUUUUUCUCCACCGGUGUUAACGUCCUUUACCCGUAGGCAAUAACCCUCAAUUUGCCAUUCGCUGAUAGAGGACUGCUCCUAGUCCCGGUUGAGAUGCAUCAGAAUGUAAAAUAAAUGGUUGGUUUAAAUCUGGAUAGUUCAGGAUAGGAGGAUUCGCCAGUUUGUCAACCAGGCAACACAAAGUCUAAUGGUGAAUGUCAGUCCAGGUAAUCAAGGCAGACGAUGGCAACUGUCCUUGAAUUUUCUUAUUUUACACUUUUCUCCUUUUCUUUUGUGUCUCUAAUUCAGACACAUGGGAUCCUGUUGAAGAGACUGCUAGUAAUUCGUAUAAUGGCUUCGCAAUGUGUGAAAAGUCUUGAAUAUAUGACCUAUAAUAAGACAGAAGGCCCAAGAUUUGCCGCACCUCUCCUACAGUCCUGGGGUGUUUAUCCUUGAGGGCUAACACGGGGGCGUCCAUACCAUAACCGUCUUUUGACACCAUCCUGCCCAAAAACCUGACUCUGGACUUGAAAAGUUCAAAUUUUUUUGCAGUGCAGAACUAAGGCCAAAUGGAAUACACACCCACUGGUACAAACCCCAGGGCGUAAUGAAUGCAGUGAGCGGCUGACUUUCUUCAUCUGAAAACCCUUGAUGGUUUCAGCAAAUAUCUUGGUCUUGAGUGGCAGGAGUCUCCUGGCAUUAAAGAGGAAGUGGAGCACCCGCAUAUGAAAGAGGAAGAGCCAGAGCGCCCUCAACAGCAAAAAAGAGAAGUGCAACAUUCAAUCAGAAAGGAGGAGGUAAAGCUGCCAUAUAUUAAAGAGGAAGACUAUAUCACCAGGUCCACUGGUGAGCACUUGAAGAGUGAAGAUGGACCGAGUGAGGUCAGCAGAGGGACGGAGCCUCCAAGCGGCAGCAGCAGCUCAACAGAAGGAUUGCAAGCCUACAUUUUCAUCGCAACGUCAGAUAGAAAUGGCGCCACGUCACACUCACCUUACAAAGAUAAUUGUCCUAAGAAAUUUCACCGUGACGACAAUUUUUGCAAAUGGUCUCUGUGUGGGAGAACCUUUGCUAAUAACUAUACAUAUGAUAUGCAUAUGAGGAGCCACAUAGGAGAAAAACCUUUCUCCUGCUCCGUUUGUGGUAAAAAAUUCUCUAACAAAAGCAACUUGAAAAAACACACAAGAACCCAUACAGGUGAAAAACCUUUCUCCUGCUCGGUUUGUGGUAAAACAUUCUCUGAAAAAGGCAACUUGAAACAACACACAAGAACCCAUGCUGGUGAAAAACCUUUUUCCUGCUCAGUUUGUGGUCGUGGAUUUAUUCAAAAGCGAAACUUAAACAAACAUAUGCGAACCCACACCGGUGAAAAACUUUUCCCCUGCUCAGUUUGUGGUCAAGCAUUUAGUCAAAAGGAAGACUUGAAAAGACACACAAGAACCCACACUGGUGAAAAACCUUUCUCCUGCUCUGUUUGUGGUAAAACAUUCUCUGACAAAGGCAACUUGAAAAAACACACAAGAACCCAUACUGGAGAAAAACCUUUCGUCUGCUUAGUUUGUGGUCAAGGAUUCACUCUCAAGCAACGCUUGAAAAUACACACAAGAACUCACACCGGGGAAGAACCUUUUUCCUGCUCAGUUUGUGGUCAAGGUUUUGAUCAGAAGCAUCAGUUAAACUUACACAUGAGAACCCACACUGGAGAAAAACCAUUUUCCUGCUCAGUUUGUGGUCAACGAUUCACUCAUAAGCAAAACUUAAUUGUACACAUAAGAACCCAUACUGGCGAAAAACCUUUUUCCUGCUCAGUUUGCGGUCAAGGAUUUGCUCGAAAGCAAUACUUGAAGAUACACACAAGAACCCAUACCGGGGAAAAACCUUUUUCCUGCUCAGUUUGUGGUCAAGGUUUUGAUCAAAAGCCAAAUUUAAAUGCACACAUGAGAACCCACACUGGAGAAAAACCAUUUUCCUGUGCAGUUUGUGGUCAAGGGUUCGCUUGGAAGUAUCAGAUAAAGAGACACGUGUGUGUCUGACAUGUGCUUUGUCCAAUCCUUGUAUUAUGUGGAUCCAGACUGUAGUACUGGCUCACCUGAUUUAACCGUCAAGUUAAGUGGCAUUUUUUAUACAAUACUUCCCCUCUUUCAAACGACACUUCACAGUUAAUAUUUGAAACAGUAGAUCCCAAAUUACAAAAGUUCAGAAUCAUUCAUAAAUAAAAUAAUUACAUCAAAAUAGAAAAUUAUGAUUGGCUCACAAAUACUAGUUUUUGGGCGGGGGUGAUUAUACAAAUUUUAAAAAUUACUAUUAUAUUACUAUUCUUGAUUGACAGUGAUAUAUUACGACAGAGUAUUAGGGCAAAAUGGGGGGGUUGGGGGGUAAAAGGACUACGAUAUCAAAGUUGUACUGUUACUACAAGAAAAAAAGUAUUAUUACGUAGGUAAUGUAGCUGAAUAAGCAGCUACGCACUUUACAAACAUGCACCUUAGCUGGUAGCUAAGACGAAGCAUUAGUACAAGUCAUUCUGUUGAUUAUAAUUCAUUUAAUUCAAUUAGAAGAGCUAAAAGAUGAAGGAUUUCCUAAUUUUGGAAAAUGAUUCUUAAACACAGCCUUACAAGAUGCAGGGUUUGCCCUACAAAUUAAAUAUCGUGGCGCACCGCCACACCAAAAUAAAAGCCGCCACGCCGUGCAAGAGAGAUAUUAAAAAAAAAAAAAAAAAUUAAGGCCCUUUCAAACUAGCGGCAGCCUUUUGUGAAGGGUUCAGCGGCAACCUAUUCAUUGUAUAUUGUAAUGUCCGUAGCUCUGCGAGGCCCCCUUAAGAAACGAUCGGAGGAGGAGCUGUGACGUAGAGGGAAGCGAGAUAGUGGUCUCAUGUCACAGAAGCCCGCUGUUAUUUUGUUAGUUUCUUCUUUAUUAUUGUUGCCACAAUAAAUUGGGUAAGCCAAUACAGACUCCUCUCCUUCUUCCCCCCCAUCCGGGGCAUUACAGUAUUUUGGAUUGGACUUUUCGGCGAAAGUAAGCAGUGGACGGCCGUCUUGGACGGAACGGCAAGUUUGAAUGAGAUUGCACCAAGAGGCGGGGAGAGCGCCACUGCGCUAAUAUCAACAACGCGUUCAAUAGCAGAGGUGCAGGCAUACUUACUAUAUCUUCUUCCCGGCUGUUUCAGCGGACGGAUACACGCAAUCAUGGCUGACGAAACCUUGAUAAAUGCGCUCUUUUUAUCUAAAUUUCGCGAGCUCUGGAACACUUGAAAAAUUACUCUCAUACUUCUCUUUGCUGAGCUAAUUGGUACCUCAAUAUGCGUUUGUGUGGAAACUCUUUACACGGCACGUAGAAUUUCCCCCUACUCCUUGAAAUGGAUCCAUUACAAGGGCGUAGGUUUGGUCUCAAUAUUGGUAGGGACGAUCUAACAGAGUAACCUGCAUGUACACUAUUUGCUGGGGACGGACAUUACCGUACUAAGACUCAACAGGUUGGGUGAACUGGGGUCAGGGCUACAUUUCUCACCUCCAAUUUGAACCUAAUUAAUUGAUAGGCUAAAUGAUCAAUGCAAAAAUAAAUCUAUAUUGACGUACCAACUUUCACACUGCAAAUUUAGAACGUUUUAAUACGAUUAUUUUUCUGAAAUCUAUUCGAAUAAUUUUCUCCUUGUUUUGAGUGUUAAAGACUACGUAGUUAACAGAUUAAUGGGUCAGAUUAUUCAAUUUACUUGAGGUAAAUAUUACCAUUUGUUCUUAUUAAGCCUAUACAUCUAAAUCCUGUAUCUUUUUGUCAUGUUACUGCAGUGAUUGCAGUUACCACACUUGUGGUUACCUGGUUUAAUACUCAACCAGGUUUUCUGUUGUAAAGGGGCGAGAUGGCUCUUCAUAAGCUUAUCGUUAAUUGUUGGAGCUCUCCUGAAACUAAUAGUUGGGAAAUCCGGAAGUUUCUCUCUGAGUAAACUGUUACAUUUCAAUAUUUCCCAGUUUUUUUCAAUAAUGUUUCAAAUUUCAUUUGCUGUGUUGCUAUACUGUGGCACAAAAUACACAUGAUUAGAACUCUUGUUGCCUAUGUUCUUUAACCAGUAGCUGUUUUGUCGUGACACUUUUUGCUUCAUUAUAUGCUGUAUUAAGUCUUGUGUUUAGAUCUUUUCUUAAAUCUCUGACUCAUCUCAUGAGCAUUUCUUUCAAAAUCAUCUUCUGAGUCACAAAUACAUUUCACUCGCUGAAACUGACCAAAAGGUAUAUGAAGGAAGGUAUAUCUGCUUUAAAGGUUUUAUUAAAAUGUAUAAUCAAGCUGAUGUGAAAUGAUUUCAUAACGCUGUACUUUUAUGCAUACAAAACACUUGCAUUUCUGAGAACUGAGUCAGUGGAAAAAGAACAGACGGCUGCUGUACAUACAGUGCCCUCCAUAAUUACUGACACCCCUGGUUAAGAUGUGUUUUUUAGCUUCUAAUAUUUUUUUCUUCAUCUAAAUAAUAUGGGACCUUAAUGGGAAAAAGAAAAAUCCAACCUUCGAUACAAGUGCAUUUAUUCAGUGGGGAAAAAAUCCCGCAUAAAUAAAUAAUUAUUUGACUUCAAAUAAUGUGUGUCACAAUUAAUAGCACCCCUGGUGUUAAUACUUUGUACAACCCCCUUUUGCCAAUAAAACAGCCUAUAAUGUUUCACAAGAUGGGAAAAGACAGAAAGAGGGAUCUUCAGCCAUUCCUCUUUGCAGAAUCGCUCUAAAUCAUCCAGAGUCCUGGGUCCUCUCCUCUGUACUCUCCUCUUCGACUCAUUCCACAGGUUUUCAAUAGGGUUGAGGUCUGGGGACUGAGAUGGCCAUGGGAGGAGCUUGAUUUUGUGUCUGGUGAACCAUUUCUGUGUAGAUUUGGCCCUAUGUUUAGGGUCAUUGUCUUGCUGAA